UCGGGGGGGAACCCGAGAUGGGGUGGAGAUAUAGGGGUGAGGUGGGACCCCCCCCGCACCUCGUGGGGAGGAAAGAGGGGAUACAAAUGGGGGUAACCCCUCUUAAAGUGUGAUUUGAUUGGGAGCAAAGAGCACCCCCUCCCCAUCCUACAUGGAGACACAGCUUCAACCCUGAAAAUAUAAUCUCAAAUUAGUUUGGUUCUCCUCCCAAGGUUGGGGGUCCCUAUGGGUGCCCCCCAAGGUGGUAUUGCCUUAUUCCCCCCUCUCCCAUCAGCACAGGGCUUUGGCCAUGACGGAAGCUGUGGGAGCAAAGCCUAAACGCAUCCUGGUGACGGGGGGCACUGGUUUGGUGGGCAGAGCCAUCCAGGAGGUGGUGGCCAAUGGUGAGGGACAGACGGAUGAGGAAUGGGUCUUCGUGUCCUCCAGAGACGCCGACUUGACGAGUGCUGUGGAGACCAGAGCUCUCUUCGAGAAACAUAAACCCACCCAUGUCAUCCACCUGGCUGCUAUGGUUGGAGGCCUCUUCAAAAACAUCCGUUGCAACCUGGAUUUUUGGAGGAGGAACAUCCACAUCAAUGACAAUGUCCUGCAUUCUGCAUAUGAGUGUGGGGUGCAGAAGGUGGUCUCCUGUCUCUCCACGUGCAUCUUCCCAGACAAGACAACAUAUCCCAUUGAUGAGACCAUGAUCCACAAUGGGCCACCACACAGCUCCAAUUUUGGCUACUCCUAUGCCAAGAGGAUGAUCGAUGUCCAGAACAGGGGUUACUUUGAGCAGCAUGGCUGCCGUUUCACCGCCGUCAUCCCCACCAACGUCUUUGGGCCACACGACAACUUCAACAUUGAGGAUGGCCACGUGCUACCAGGGCUCAUCCAUAAGGUGUACCUGGCCAAACAGAAUGGUUCUGCUCUGACUGUAUGGGGCACAGGCAAGCCCCGAAGACAGUUUAUCUACUCUUUGGAUCUGGCCCGGCUCUUCGUUUGGGUUCUACGGGAAUACGAGGAGGUGGAGCCCAUCAUUUUGUCAGGUAAGGACAAAAUUCCAAGAGGAAGAGGGAAAGGGGGAAACAAUGGCCUCAGCUCAUCACCAUCUCCACAGUGGGAGAAGAAGAUGAAGUCUCCAUCAGAGAGGCUGCAGAGGCAAUCGUGGAGGCCAUGGACUUCAGGGGAGAGCUCGUCUUCGACACAACCAAGGCCGAUGGGCAGUUCAAGAAGACAGCCAGCAACGCCAAGCUCAGGCACUACCUCCCCAACUUCCAGUUCACGCCCUUCAGACAAGCUGUGAAGGAGACCUGCACCUGGUUCAGCACCAACUACGCCAGUGCUAGGAAGUGAUGGAGCGGUGCACAGGCAUCCUCUUUAACUCAGGGUUGUCCUUUGCUGGGGCAGAGGAUGGGGUGUGGGGGCUGACAGCGAUAUUUCCAAAGCAAAUGGGUGCCAGGAUCCUGGGUACGCUUGAGGUUGUGCAAGGAGAGGGGGAAAAUACAGUGAAAAAUCAUCAAAUAGCAUCUUAUGUAGAAGAGACUCUGCUCAGGUAACACUCCUUUCCUACCUGCUGUAGGUGCAGACCCCACCGAGGCUUUGGGAGGCAGAUUGGGGGUCCCAAAGGUGCUGCUGUCUCCAGAGAGAUCCCAAAUGGGGCAGGAGCAGCAGACACUACGGUUGAAUUGAUCACAAUCAUCCCUGGGGCAUGGGCUGGCAGCUCUUAUAAUGGACUACACUACUAAUUACACAUAAUUAGGUUGUAAUAAAGAAGCUGAUUGAGGCUGUUCUGCAGCACAGGAAUCACA